GAUUUUAAUCCGUUGCCAGUGAAUGUGUCCUCUCUUUCCUCUAUAUAUAUACCCUACCAUCGCCGUACGCCACCUAUCCCAAAAUCUCAGCCUUGAACUUUCACAUAACGCGCAAGUCAAACCUCCUCUUCUGCGCCUGCGCCUCAAGAUCUGUCCCCUUCUUUUGUAAGAUUCCAGCUGCAGUAUUUGGAUAUAGCACUGCCAAACAUUGGCUCUUGGCAAGGGAGGCUUGACUUCUUUAACAUUGAUUUGAUUAAAUUGUUACAAGGUAAGGAACUGACUUUGUAUUGUUGCAAUGUAUUACAGCAUAAUGUUUUUUGUUUGAUAGAAAGCAAGCUCUUUGAAUCUUCCCUGUAAUUUAAGGCUGUUACUACCCAAUCCAAGGUUGUUGCUGAUGAUAUUCAAAGAAAAUAAUAGAUUGACAUGGAUUGCAUAGGUUAAAGUGGGGGUGAAAAGGGAAAAAAUGAAAAGCAGGGGCUAAGCUAGAAUUACAAAUGAUUCUGUUAUUAUCAGUUAAUUAAAAUACUCUGAUAGUUUGAUGAAAUUGGUGAUUAUUUGCUUAGAUACGUUCAAUUUUUAUAAAACCUAGUUCAGGUGUCCAGCAGUUUGUCCUGGAGAGGCAAGGCAUAAGCCUUGAGGCUAAUUAAGGUGUAAGCCUCAAAAUAUACCUACAAAUAAAAAUUAAAUAUAUAAAUUGCUAAAAGCAACUAAGGAAAUACAUAAUUAUAAGUAAAAAUGUCUCAAACACAGUAGUUCAAAAGGAGAAUGCCAGCACACAAACAAAUACAUCACACAUAUGACACAAUUCAGAAAUCUGGAAGCUCAAUCACCAUAUUUUAUAGCCUCAUCACCAUCAUCAUAUCUUAUGGCCUUACUCUUUAGCACCUUCAUUCCUUCCAUAGUUCCAUGAUUACUAUCAAAUUUCUCCCAUUCUUAUCAUUGUGCAGGAGAAUGAAAAUAUUUUAAUAAUUUCACUUGGCUAACUUGUUAGGGUUUAGAAAGUACAUGUGUACACACAUGUUUAAUGUUAGGGCUUUUAUAAAUAAAAUUUAUGGGGCCUUAUUUAACAUACAAGGAAAAUCCCGCCCCCAAAAAGGCCAUGAGAUGCGUCUCAAGUGCACGGCUUGACUUUUGAUGUGUAAGCCUCUUAUCUUGCAAUAAAACCUAAGCCUCAAUACCUAAUCUAUGUGCCCCACAUUUAAGUUCCUCGAAACCUGCCUCUUAACCGUCGUUUCUAACCAUGGAUACUUUCGAUUUAUGCUGUUUCUAGCUUCAGCUUGCAUUUAAUCUUAUUUUUUCAUUGAUGUUUAUUUUCAAAUAAGUUUGCCUAGUAUUGGUGUUUUCCCAUUUUGCAAAUUGACUAGUAUAACAACUUCUCCAUUCAUAUUCGUAUAUGUGAUUUGUGUGGGUGUGUUGUUGUAAUGCAUUGUGAGUGCAAACUCACUUUAGUUGUGUGAGCACAGUAUCCCUUUCGUUGUUACGGAUUUGGAAUAUUCCAUACUAUUUAUAUGAUUGCUUAUUUGGAACGGAAACACUUCAUCUACAUCUGCAUUCGUUGCCCCCCCCCCCCCCCUCAUGACAGCGUCCCAAAUCCCACAAAAUAAAUUUUACAUAAAGUUUGUAUUUUGUUUUCCUUUAAAUUGUUAUUAUCAUUUAGAUUGUGUGUUGAGAACUUAAGAUGGAGGAACUAACAUUGUUUCAUUUCUCAUCUUUGAGAUGCAUUUCUUUGGUCUUCAUCAUACCAAAAUGCAGAAUUUUUUCAGUCAUUUAAAUGGAUGCAAAAAAGUUCAUACAAUUGGUCGAGGAGAAAAAAAGGAGAGCUUUGGAGAAGAACGAAGCUCGCCUGAAGUGGGAAGAGAAGCUAGAGGCCGCAGCUAAGGCACGGGCAGACGCCGAAGCUAAAGAGAAGAAGUCAAAGUCGACCACUGCCAAAAACAAGAGGAGAUCUGAUUCAGAGUUUGAUGACAGUGACAGUGAAAGUGAUUAUGAUAGAAAAGUCAUCAAGAAGUCUCACUCUCACAAGAGGCACAGGAAGCAUCACCACAAGAGUCAUAGACGCUCACAUUCUGGUAGUGACGGAUACAGUAGUAGUGAUGAUUCAGAGGAAAAUAAUAGGAGGAAGAAACGGGCUCACAAGAAGCACAAGCAUGAUGGAAACUCUUCAUAUGAUGAUAGUGAUGACACUGGAAGGAGGCACCACAAAAAGCAUCACAAGCGGUCUCAUUCUGGCACUUCAGAGUCUUCAUGUGAUGAUGAAAAUGAAGAUGAGUAUAAAAGAAGUGAGAGGCAUAAAAGGAACCGCCACAGGCAUCACCACCAUCACCAUCACAGCCACAAAAGACUUGAGCAGCUGGAGUUGGCUGGAGUGGGUGCUUAGGAGAAGAUGUCUGUCUCAUUGACAUGUCUUCUGGAUGUACUCUGCGCUUUAUUCAUUGAAAACAAAUGAAACGUGUGAUUUUAAUUUGGCCACUCAAAUUCACCAUCUUCUCUUCUUAUUAAGACGCAUAAGAGCAAUGUGGUUAAGAAAAUGCCAAAAUUAUUCAAAAAUAUGUUAAAAUUAUU